UUUGUGUUUCUCCAACGGCACACUGCCAAAGGUUUCCUAGUACGCGGCUCUAUCAACACCACUAAGGUUCAUUGUCAUUCCCUUCAUGUAGUGCAUAUCUGCUUGUGUCGCGGUGUGUCAGUGUGACCUGCAUUGAGGUAAAUUAUUAGUAUGUCUGCCAACAUAACCACUAAGAGACAGCAUCACCAGACCAGCAAAACAUUUUUUUUCAAGUGAAAUUAAUUUUGCUGCCUAAAUGGCUGGAGUGACAGCAUGACAUUACAUUUGUUCCACAUGUAAUGGUUCACAGGGAACAGGACAUCUUUAUAGUUGUGUAUUGUAUUAUGACAACAUUUGGUCAUGCAGAGUAUGAUGUACAAAAAGCAUCCUGCAGGAUGUCUCACAGUCUGCCUGCGGGUUGUGCCGAGGCGCUGGACAUCACAGUACUCCUUUGUGCCAAAACACCAGCCAUGCCAGGACAGGCCACUCUCACAGCUGCAAGAGUUUCUGGACAGCAGCAAGAGGCUGUUUGUCCUGACAGGAGCAGGGAUCUCCACAGAGAGCGGUAUUCCUGACUACCGCUCUGAGGGAGUGGGGCUGUAUGCCACCUCCAGCCGCAGACCAAUCCAAUACAAGCAAUUCAUGGACAGCAGUAAGGCACGACAGAGGUACUGGGCAAGGAACUAUGUAGGGUGGCAGCGGUUUUCCUCGGUGACGCCCAAUGCAGCCCACACCUGCCUCACUGCCUGGGAGAGGAGUGGCAAGCUGGCCUGCACCGUCACUCAGAAUGUGGACCGCCUCCACCACAAGGCAGGGACAGCCAAUGUGGUGGAGCUGCAUGGAUCAGCAUUUAACGUGGUGUGUAUGAACUGCAGACGGCAGGUGGUGCGUCACUACUACCAGACCUGCCUCACUCGCCUCAACCCCCACCUCACCCUGCGCCCUGUGGAGAUGCGGCCUGACGGGGAUGUGGAUUUGACCCAGGAGGAAGUGGACAACUUCCGCGUGCCUCCCUGUGAAGCCUGUGGGGGCAUCAUGAAGCCCGACCUUGUAUUCUUUGGGGAGAGUGUGCCUCGGGAGCGGGUGGAGCGGGUCAAGAGGGAGCUGGCCGAGUGUGAUGCACUGCUGGUGUUGGGCUCCUCACUCUAUGUGUACUCUGGCUACAGAUUCAUCCUUGCUGGGUUGGAGCGAGGGAUGAGGAUGUGUGGGGUGAACAUUGGGCCAACACGCGGUGACCCUCACUUUCAGUUCCGGAUCAACGCACGCUGUGGGGACGUCCUGCCUCGCCUGCACGUCUGACACCCAGCAUGUCUAGUGUUUACCAGAUGUAUAUUAUGUGUUAGUAGAGUUGUAUUCUCAAUGUACAAACAAAGAUCUAUAUAAAUGAGGGUGGAGGUGGUUAUUUUUCUCUCAAGAUACUGCAGAAAGGUAUUCCCAAGAGAUACCUGUCUUCUUUCUCUUUUGGAUUCCUUUCACAAUAUGCAGGGAAUACAGAUAUUCCUCCAGCCAGACUUAAGUGUGUAUUCUUCAACACUUAUGUGCUUCACCUGCACUGUUUUUAAAGGUUUUAUUUAAAUUUAGACAAAUUUUUAAGGUGUUUUUAUGGUUCUAAAGAUAGUGACACAAGAUUUCUACAUCAUUAACUGGAGAAACACUUGAAAACCCCACUAAAUCAUCUGUGGCUCUUGAUAAUAUUUGUGGUGAGAGAGCAAAGUGUUUCCAAAUAUGGGCUGUACUGCAGGGAGUUGAAUGCUUUCAAACUUAUAGUUAAUGAAGACAAGGAGAAAUGACAGGGGUAACAGUGUGAAUGACGUGUAUGUGAGUGUGUAAUGCUUUGUCUGGGAUAGUGACAUUUGGUAUAUAAAUAGAUGAAUGAAGAAA